UACUAAAAUGGUGUGCAGCAUAGAGAAAGGUAUCGUAAAGCGACAGCUGCCCUUCCUGUGUGUUAAGAGCUGCGAUGACGGAGUUGGGGCCAAGUUCUCCAUAUCUUUCAGAGGAAGACAUGACUAUGAGCUGGAGGCCACCUCACUGGAGGACAAACACAAGAUAAUGCAGCUUGCAAACAAGAUAAUCUACAGAAACAUCUACGUCCUUCCAGUGGAGGGCAGUGAAGACACGUUUGAGCAGCCUCUGCCUCCAGCACCAAAGAGCCUCAGGGAGGGCCUGCUGUUCCUGCAGAGAGGUGGAUUGGCAUCGUUUAAAUGGGUGAAGUACGAGGCUCGCCUUCACCCUGGCCAGCUGACCCUGCUCCCCAUCACCCGGCGGGCGGUAGGUGCAGAUGGGGACAUGGUCACCUCGUCAUCCUUGCCAGUUGUCAUUCAUUUCUCAGACGGGGACGCAAGUGUAGAGAAACCUCGCAGCUGUGACACCUUCACUCUUUUGACUCACAAGAAUGAAUACCAGUUCCAGGUACCUGUGACAGAACAUUCAAAAAGCACAGAAGCCAUCCAGAAGGAAAGGGAUGCCUGGGUCCAGGUCAUAGAUAAGCUGUGCUUGGAUUGGAAACGCAGGUCUCAGUCUGAGCACUUCUAUGAGGAAAACAAGGCUUUAAGAAUCUAUGACAAUGUCAAAGACAUUCUGGAGGCGAACAAGUCCACUGACAGACAAGGCCUCAGAGGAACAGAUCUUGUCUCCAGUGCAGAUAAUCUAUCGGCUGGAGAAAAGAUUGAGAGUAAACCUCCAACCUCGCCUCUCCCAAAACCCAGCAGCCCUGUGAAGUUACUAGUGAAUGUCCCCUUCCCUGGUCCUGUCCUUUCCCCUGCACCUGCCCCUGGUUCUGUGCCUGGUCCUGCACUUGUUCCUGGUCUUGUCCCUGUCCCUGUCCAUAUCCCUGUCCUGGCACCUGUCCUUGAUCCUGUUCCUGUCCCUACCACUGUCCCUGUGCCCAUUCCCUCAGUGGUGCCAGCUCUCCCCUUCAUUCCUAUGCCACCUCCAUUGCCCUUUAAGCCCAGUAGAAAACCCCUAACAGAGCGGACCAAGGCCUUCCACUGGGAUGAAGUUGGUUCAGAUAAGAUAGAGAAAUCAUGCUGGGCACGGGGAAAUGCUGGGAAGAUUGAAAUUGACACUUCACGCUUGUAUGAGCAAUUUGCAGUUCGAGAUUUGGGAACAUUUGGUGGGAUCACCGAGCCCAGCAAUAACCUUCACAUCAUGCUCAACACGAAGGUUGCUCACAACUUCAAUAUUUUCCUCAAAAGUUUCCAUGUGCAGCCAGGAGCACUAAAGGACAAACUGUUCUUGGUUAAUGAGGGUGAGGGAGGCUUCUCUGAUGAACAGAUCACUUCCCUGAGGAGAUAUUUACCUACCUCAGAUGAUGUGGAAAUGUAUAAAUCUUAUAAGGGGUCUGUGUCAGAGCUGCAUGUUGUGGACCAGUACAUGAUGGAGAUGUGCAACAUUCCUUACCUGAACACCAGACUGGACCUGCUGCUGACUCUGAGAGAGCUGCCAAUAAGCAUGGAGGAUCUGCAGCCACUGAUUAACCAGAAGAUCAGGAUGUGCACGCAGUUGUACAGCUCCAGGUCGUUCUUCUCCGUGCUGGAGUACCUGCUGGCCGUCGGCAAUUACCUCAAUGAGAACGCAGGGAAGGGAAAGGCCAAGGGAUUCCGCCUCUCCUCCUUAUCUAAACUCUCCCAGCUCCGUGGGACAGACAGGAAGUUCACCUUGCUGCAUGCCCUUGUGGAGCAGAUCAUGUUGCACGAACCCGGCUUGGCCACUUUUCCCCAAGAGUUGACGGAAUUUGAAACUGUACCUGGGGCUUCCAUUAAAGGCAUCACUGCUGAAUUGGACGUUCUCAAGAAUGAGUUACAGAAGGCCAUUCAGUACAAGAAAACAUACAAGAGAAGAAACCAAGGAAAUCAACACCCAAAGUUUUCCAAAGACCUGAAGAUGGCGAUUGAGAAGUACAACACCGAUUUCUCCCUGCUGACAAAGAGGUCUGAUGAGAUGAAGAAGCUUUACACUGAGAUAUUGGUUAAAUUCGGAGAGCCGAUGGAUCAAGAUUCUCAGGAGCUGUUUGGCUUGGUGUGCCAGUUUGUCAACGACUUCAAUAGGACACAUGCUGAAAUCAGAUAACAAUUUGCUGUCCUUGCGUGACUAUCUAUGAAUCUUCAGCCAAUCCAAACACAAUUAAAUGCUGAAUACUUUGUAAUAUGCACAUACAAAUACACGUUUAUUUACUUCAUAUUGUAAGGAGGCCAUGACUUCUUACAUUUUGCACUAAUCAGUGACAUACAGUGGGGGAAAAAAGUAUUUAG